GCAGCCUACUGUGUGGCUGCGCGAGAGCGGACAGUAUGUGGUGGUGGUGGUAAUGGCUGCCAGAGAAAGUGAGACUGACAACAAAUGAAUCCUUGAACGAAGACCGAAAGUGAGGAAGAGGAUGGUAAGCAGCCAGCCGAAGUACGAGCUGAUUCAGGAGGUGGGGCGCGGCAGCUACGGCGUGGUGUACGAGGCGGCGGUGAGGAGCACGGGGGCCCGCGUGGCCGUCAAGAAGAUCCGCUGCCACUCGCCGGAGAACGUGGAGCUGGCCCUGCGCGAGUUCUGGGCGCUGAGCAGCAUCCAGAGCCAGCACCCCAACGUCAUCCACCUGGAGGAGUGCGUGCUGCAGCGGGACCGGCUGGCCCAGAGGAUGAGCCAUGGCUCCAGCUCCCCGCUCUACCUGGAGCUGGUGGAGACCUCCCUCAAGGGGGAGAUCAUGUUUGACCCGUGCUGCGCCUACUACCUGUGGUUCGUCAUGGACUUCUGCGACGGCGGCGACAUGAACUCCUACCUGCUGUCCCGCAAGCCCAGCCGCAAGACCAACACCAGCUUCAUGCUGCAGCUGGGCAGCGCGCUGGCCUUCCUGCACCGCAACCAGAUCAUCCACCGGGACCUCAAGCCCGACAACAUCCUCAUCUCGCAGGGCCGCACGGCCGCCGGCUGCCCCGAGCCCACCCUGAAGGUGGCGGACUUCGGCCUGAGCAAGGUGUGCUCCUCCUCCGGGGUGAACCCCGAGGAGCCGGCCAGCGUCAACAAGUCGUUCCUGUCGACGGCGUGCGGCACGGACUUCUACAUGGCGCCCGAGGUGUGGGAGGGCCACUACACGGCCAAGGCGGACAUCUUUGCGCUGGGCGUGAUCAUCUGGGCCAUGGUGGAGCGCAUCACCUUCGUGGACGUGGAGACCCAGAAGGAGCUGCUGGGCAGCUACGUGCAGCAGGGCACCGAGAUCGUGCCGCUGGGCGAGGCGCUGCUGGAGAAUCCCAAGAUGGAGCUGCUGAUCCCGGCCCGGAAGAAGAGCAUGAACAGCCACAUGAAGCAGCUGAUCCGGGACAUGCUGUCGGCCAACCCCCAGGAGCGGCCCGACGCCAUGGAGCUGGAGCUGCGCCUGGUGCGCAUCGCCUGCCGGGAGCUGGACUGGGACACGUGACCCGGGCGGACAGGACCAGGACCAGGACCCGGACCCGGACACGGACACGGCUCGAGGCGAAGCACACUCACCACGUCUUGGGGACAUCCCUUCAGCAAUCGAGUUUUAUUGUAAUCUAUUCUAAUUGGAAGGUUUAUCUCUAAGCUAACGUAACGAAUGAGGACGGGAACUAUCCGACAGCACUGCUAAGUGAUUCCUUCCUGGUUCGUCCUAACAGGGCAAUCAGUUGACGAGGAAAGGGGAGACAUACACACACAUGCACACACCCCCUAACUAAAUACCCACCAGGACAGUGUGCCUGCACUGCUUUAUAACAGAUCCUAUCCACAUCAACAACCCUUACCUAAACCUAGCUAUCUCUAUACCAGCAAUAACCUUUUCAAACAGACAACUUCUGUUUCUUUCAAAUCCUACACAUCCACACACAUGGUGCUAAAUUGUGAUAUGUAAUGCAAAAUGAGGCCGUACCCUGUGAUCUUCAAUGGAAACACACACGCUUCCAUGCAUCAAUAUUUGGUGUGCUCAAUGGAAUCUGUAUCUUUGGUGGAACCAGUUCUGUCUCCCUGCACCCUUGUUGGCAAGGGAUUUCAACGUGGCAUAUUACCACCAGCAUCUGACUACUCCUUUAUAUUUCUACACAAAUUAUAGGCUGUGUACAAUACGCCGCACCAAUUAGUCACACUACACUCGUGAACUCCGUGAACGAAAUGCUCAGGUUAACAAUUUGCAGGAUUUGUGUAGACAAACAUUUUUGAUUACACCUAUGGGUAAACUUUGGUGCUUUCAGAUAGACUCUUCUUUCCCCCUGUGAUGGCAGUUGGUCUGAUGUUGGCUGCUGUUAUUAGUGGGGCUGGGUGUUGGGUGGGGCCCUGUUAUCAAGCAGCGCUCAGCCGGUAGGUUGCUAGUUCACUUCCUUCUACCAACAACCAUAUCCCACCAGAUUCGUAUCACGGAAAGACGGUAGAAGAUUCGGUAUUUUGGUAACUUGGGACACUAUGAGGAGGAAACGACAUGAGCAAGUUCACCAGAACCUGUUAUGACCGGCCUGACAUCCAGAUCAAUGAAAGUCUGUAAAUAUAAAAAAGAUGAACAGGUUUCGAUGUCCAUGUACUUAACUGACGACUGUGCUUGAUUUGUGUCAUCCUACGAGAUGUGACUUUGAGAUUUGGAAGGGAAGUUGAAUUCAAAUGCCUGUGAUUUUCUUAGUAAAUGUUGGAUGUGGGGGAGCUUUAGUAAAUCUCUGAAUGCACUUUUGGUUCUUUUGGUUUAAAUUUUUCUUUUUUUCACUCCCCUCUGUCUCUUUUUGGUAUUUUGACUGCGUUGGGCGAGGCGGAAUAACGGCAAUCAACGGUUGUUUACCACCUGGAAUGAACACUCAUACACACUCAGCUCCGCGAGCCUCUGCAUAGUUGUUGUUUUUUUGGCAUUGUAAACCAUUGUGUCUAAUACUCCACACUGUCAACGUGCCCCGUUCCCCUCGACCCCAGGAGCUCACCCCUAAUCCCAUUCACCGGGCUUCAGACAGUCAUGCUAAGCCUAUUAAAUUGUGGGUGUUGGGAGAGGGAUCACUGUUUCUUUAUUUAUUCAUUUCCUUUGAGGUCAUGAUUUCCUAAUGCACUGUUAAGGGUGUAUUGUCUUCCUUAACCCCCCCCCCCCCCCCCCCCGGAUCUAGAUCAAAUGUUUCAAUAUUAAGUCUGGCCUUAAUGGGGACCUAUUAUGCUUUUUCGACCUUUAUGACCUAAAAACGUUGUUAUAAUGAUUGAUAGUCAUAUUUAACCAUACACAAAAAACGAUGUCGAUUUUCGGGAAACUCUUCCUCUCAUCUGGGCGCUUUCAGCAUUCUCUGUCAAUGCUCGGUUUCGUCCUUCUCCGCCCCCUCGCCCCCCUCCUGCCAACCCAACUCCGUUGUGAUUGGUUACCUUCCUUGAAGCGCGUGCGCGGGCAGAUUUGACCAGGCAUAUGGGGGUGCGGCAGGAGUGCAUCUGCGUAGAUGAUUUCCCGGAAAUGUGAACAAGUGAAUGCAAACGCUGUCCCGAGUGUUUAGCGCUCUGCA